CGGCUACAUCCCUGUCAGUAUUUAAGAAGUCCUCUCCCUUAGCUGGUAACGCAAUUUAUGGCUGAGCAGGAAGAAGAGGAAGAGAACAAGGGACCGAUCUCUGAAGAAUGCAUAGCUCCUAUCAACCAACUAGCAGCUCGCCAGCUCCAUAUGGGUGAUGCAUAUUUAUUCAUGGCCUCCUGUUACAAAGAAGAGAUGGAAAUUCCUUGUUUUGUCAUAUUCUUUGAGGACCAGGCUGAGGUGAAGAGGUUCCAAGCAAAGCGGUUCAUAAGGUAUCUAAGAAAACGUCAGGGUACUGUCUGCCUUCCAAAUAUUGAGAGGCCUGAAAUUGGUAACUGGGGAAAUGCCAUAGAAGCCCUAACAUCUGCUCUGCAGAUGGAAAACGUAAUAACCAAGAACUUGGAAGACCUGAACACCUUAGCCACUAAUGCUAAUGACGCUGGUCUCUUAAAGUUCCUGAAGGAUUUCCUAAUUAAACAGAAAAGGAAUACAGAUUACCUGGAACUCCAAAUUUCUUAUGAGCAUCAAUCAGAAGAAAUGAGGAGGCAGGAAACGUCUGAAAUGACUUCAUAAGGUGAAGAGACUUCUGAGAGCAGCACCGCACAGUCUUCCCAUUGUAGUGUCUCAAACAUCUAUUUUAUAGUCUUGAUCACUUCCACUUGCCUGAAGAUGGCGUUCCUUUCCAUUUUCUAAUUCUCAUUGCUGUAUAUGAAAAUAAACCUGUCUUGCAUUAUAAGGUGUAAAAGAGUUUACUACAGGAAAUUAGUUCCACCAAUUUGUCUUGGUGAGAACUUCUUGAGGGACAUUUGUUUACAUUAGACUUUAAAAACAAACCCUCCUAUUCUCCUCAAUGGCUCCCAAACGCUCAGAUGAAAGCCAGAUCUUGACUUAUUUUGUAGUGGAUGAAUUUACCAAUCCCGAAAAACCAAAGGCUGAAUGUUUUCUCUAAAAUGGGGAUGCUA